AUGACGCUCACCUGUGGUGUGUGUAGUACCUUCUUCGUGUACUGUAAGCGCUGCUCAUCCAUCCAGUCAGGGAAACUCCGUGUUCGCUGUCGGCGCUGCAGACAGAUGACGCUGACGCUUUGCAGGGGUCCUUCCUGCUGGGAUGAUGUUCUCCUGCCUGGACGGAUUCAUGGCGUCUGUCAGUUUGAAGGUUGCCACGGCAAUGAGGCGGAGUUCUACAUGAAAUGUGCGUCUCACCCCACGUCAGAGGACGACGUCUCGGUGGCGCUGGACCUCGUCCUGUCCAACACCAGAAGCGUUCCCUGCAUCGGCUGCACCGACAUCAGGGACGUGGUUCUGGUCUUCCAGUGUUCGGACCGUCAUGUGAUCUGCCUGGACUGCUUCCAGCGCUACUGCCAGACGCGGCUCAACGAGCGGCAGUUUAUUUAUGACGCUGUGAUUGGAUACUCGUUGCCAUGUGCAGCUGGCUGUGAAAACUCUCUGAUCAGAGAGUUACAUCACUUCAGGAUCCUGGGAGACAAUCAGUACGGCCGCUACCAGCAGUACGGCGCUGAGGAGUGUCUGCUGACCGCCGGCGGCGUGCUGUGCCCCUCACCUGGCUGUGGGGCGGGGCUUCUACCACCUGAGGGCAGCAGGAAGGUGGAGUGUGACCGGCGGCUGCUGGGCUGUGGCUUCGUCUUCUGCAGGGACUGCAGGGAGGGCUUCCAUGAGGGGCCGUGCGAGGGCCCUGCGGCCCCGCCCCCAGCGGACGCCUGCCAGGGCUUCGUGGUGGAGGACGAGGCGUCUCAGAGAGGGAGGUGGGACCGGGCGUCUCUGCAGCUCAUCCAGGAGUCGACCCGGCGCUGCCCGCGCUGCCUGGUACCUGUGGAGAGGAACGGCGGCUGCAUGCACAUGCAGUGUACCCAAUGCCGAGCGGAGUGGUGCUGGCUCUGCGGCGCCCCCUGGAACAGGGAGUGCAUGGGGAACCACUGGUUUGGAUAGAUGCUGCGGCCAGGCUCCGCCCACCGCCGGGGGGGCGUGGCUCCGUCCAUCAUCGGUUCAGACUGUGGAUUUGUCCCUGAGUGUAAAUAACAGAAUAAAAUGUGAGAACCCGA